AUGGCCAGCAACGGAGCUCCUCCUCCUGUCGGACAGGAAAACAUUAACACCGAUAUUGUCACCCUCUCCCGGUUCCUGACCGAGGAACAGACAAAACACCCCGAAGCCUCGGGAGACUUCACCCUGCUUUGCCACGCCCUUCAAUUCUCCUUCAAGUCCAUUGCCUACUACAUUCGUCGCGCCUCUUUGAUCAACCUGACCGGUCUUGCCGGUUCCUCCAACACAACCGGAGACGACCAGAAGAAGCUGGACGUUAUCGGCAAUGAUAUCUUUAUCUCCGCCAUGCGGGGUUCAGGCAAGUGCCGUAUCCUCGUGUCCGAGGAAGAGGAGGAGGUGAUUAAGUUCGACGAGUACCCCGAUGCUCGUUACGCCGUUGUGUGCGACCCAAUCGACGGUUCGUCCAACCUGGACGCCGGUGUCUCGGUCGGUACUAUCUUCGGUAUCUUCCAGUUGCCCGAGGAGAUCGUCGGCGCCAACAAGGCCGUCGGUCCUGAGGCUCUCCUCCACCCCGGAACUAGCCUCGUUGCUUCCGGUUUCACCAUGUACGGUGCCUCCGCUCAGCUGGUCAUCACCAUGCGUGGUGGUGGUGUCAACGGUUUCACUCUGGAGAACUCGCUGGGCGAGUUCAUCCUUACCCACCCUAACAUGAGACUCCCUACUAAGCGCGCGAUCUACUCCGUCAACGAGGGUAACUCCAUGUACUGGGAUGAGUGGUGCACUCAGUACUUCCACUCUCUUAAGUACCCCGCUGAGGGAGGCAAGCCUUACAGCGCCCGUUACAUUGGUUCCAUGGUUGCGGAUGCUUACCGUACUCUGUUGUACGGAGGUAUCUUCGCCUACCCCGCCGACUCCAAGAGCCCCAAGGGUAAGCUCCGUAUUCUGUACGAGUGUGCGCCCAUGGCUAUGGUUUUCGAGAAUGCUGGUGGUCUGGCUGUCAACUCGCGUAUGGAGCGAUUGAUGGAUGUUGUUCCCGAGCAUAUCCACGAUAAGAGUGGUGUCUUCCUUGGAUCUAAGGAUGAGGUCCAGAAGGUCAUUGAUAUGUACAACAAGUACAAGAAAUAA